AGUGAAAAUUUAUUCAAGUGACGUUUGAACCGUGUGUGUGGAUGUCUUCAUCUUCACGAGAAGAAAUUUCAUUUUAAUUUAAUUUAGUUAUGGUACAGUGAAAAAUAUUUCACGUGUACUAAUUUGUGCUUUGUUGUAUCGUUGAUUCCACCGUAGAAAUGCCGCCCAAGUCGGAUAAAAAGGGUGGUAAAAAGAAGCAGCAACAGACGCUGAAAAGCAAGAAAGUUGCCCCAGCGCCUCUUCUUAAGGAAAAACCGAAGAAAGUCGAGAAACCCAAGAUCGUCAAUCCGUUGUUCGAAAAGAGACCGAGGCAUUUUGGAAUUGGUCAACAUAUCCAGCCUAAAAGAGAUCUUAGUAGGUUUGUGAGAUGGCCCAAAUACAUCAAAAUCCAACGUCAAAAAUCAGUACUCCAAAGAAGAUUAAAAAUUCCGCCACCAAUCAACCAAUUUUCGCAUACCAUCGAUCGUGCAUCAGCAACUCAGUUAUUCAAAUUAUUGGAAAAAUACAGACCGGAAACUUCAGCCGCUAAAAAGAGACGUUUACAGGCACGUGCCGAGAAGAAAAUCGAAAAGAAAGUUGACAAGCCGACUAAACGCCCGAUUAUUGUUCGUCAAGGAGUCAACACCGUAACGAAGCUCGUCGAGCAAAAGAAAGCUCAACUUGUAGUUAUUGCUCACGAUGUUGAUCCUUUAGAAUUGGUUUUGUUCUUACCUACAUUAUGUCGUAAAAUGGGUGUACCUUACUGUAUCGUGAAAAGUAAAGCUCGUUUGGGUCGUUUAGUUCGCCGGAAGACGUGUACAGCUGUAGCUAUCACUCAAGUCGAUAAUACCGACAGAACGAAUUUGACGAAAUUGGUUGAAACGAUUAAGAACAACUUCAACGAACGGUUCGAUGAAUUGAGAAGACACUGGGGCGGUGGUGUUCUCGGAGCUAAAUCUACUGCUCGUAUUGCCAAGCAAGAAAAAGCUAAAGAACGCGAAUUGGCUACUAAACAAUAAUGUAUUCGAGAUUUUUAAAAAUGAAAUUGUUCUUCGAAA